CUUCCACCGCCCGCCCCUCCCAUAACCGCCUCCGUCCAGCGAUGGUUUCAUCUCGCUCACCCGCCCGCCCUUCCCCCUCGUCGCCUCCGAUCCCUCUUGAAAUCUUCCAACAACAGGUCCUUUCACGGCCACAAUCCCCGAUCGCCCAACUUGCCUCGCUGACCAACUGGAGUCCCUCGCCGCCGCAGUUUCGAGUAUCUAAAAUUACCCUCGAUCAUGUCUUGCCCCUCCCCUUCCGUGGCCUCCGAUCCUUCUCAAGAUCUUCCAACAACAGGUCCAUUCACAGCCGCAAUCCCCAAUCGCGCACCGUGCCCCUCCUAUCAAGUGGAGUCCCUCGCCGCCGCAGGCAAAGGAGCACUCUGUAGGCAGGCCCUGAGGGAACCUCUUGAGGUCGCUGCAGUAGUUGUAGAUCAUGUAGUUCUUCUGCACC